ACUACAAACAAUAACAGCACUUCUAGAACGCAAACCUCUUUCGGCGUUUAGACGGGCUAAGCAUGAGUGUAAAAAUGCCAAGGCUCUUCUUACGUCAACCCUGAAAAGGCCCCUUUUACACACCCUGUUUUUUACGCGCUUGCGAUUGGUAAGCCCGUGUACUAAUGCCUAACUCCGUUGGAAAAUAUGCAGGAAAAGGUACACGAAUGCGUUACAGAAAAACGCUAGAAAUUCGUUUUCAGUCUUUUACGCGCCAGACUUACACACGCGACUGACAUGCAUCGAAAAGUUUGUCUGGAUCGGAUGGGCCGCGGAUUUGCAGGAUGAGAGUUACAUAAUCCACAAAACGGAGAUUGCUUUCUGAGAAGGACACGUGCUGCGCUUAAAUCCGAGGAAGCAGCGCUUAUCGUGAUAAGAUGAGAGUCAAUUUGGGGAAGCAUAUACUGGAGAAUACAUUCUUCCUGUUAAUCGCUCAUCUGGCAUUCACAAUGAGGAAUUUUCUACGGAUAGAGUCAGCUAUCUCUAGAUCGAUACGGCAGUCCAUCGCUCAACAAUUCAAACCACCGGCUUCCUUCGCCCAGAAGAGAUGGUAUGCCGCUCCACCUGCGUUUCCAUGCGUAGAUGCAAAUGAAGCCAGGACAGCAAGAUUGAUGGCCAAUCAUCAAGGUCCAGCGAUCGAUCAAACAAAUUUGGAAAGUGAACAAGCAAAAGAUCCUGAAGGACCUGAACCUGCCUAUACAAAAGUAGUCUCAGGCUACAAGAAAUUUCAUCAUCCUAAUCCACUCUUGUUGGAUUAUGGAGGUGAAUUACCUUCUUUUGAUAUCGCUUAUGAGACAUGGGGAACGCUCAAUUCCGAUAAAUCCAAUGCGAUUCUCAUUCAUACCGGCUUAAGCGCAUCUUCACAUGCCGCCUCUCAUCCCGACAACACAGCAAAAGGAUGGUGGGAAGAUUUUAUUGGUCCGGGUAAACCCCUGGAUACAAACAAAUUCUUUGUCAUGUGCACAAAUGUCAUUGGAGGAUGUUAUGGAAGUACAGGUCCAUCUUCCGUUGAUCCAAUGGAUCCAGAAGGAAAGGCUUAUGCAACUCGUUUUCCGAUCGUAUCCAUCUUUGAUAUGGUUCGAGCGCAAUUUUUGCUAUUGGACAGCUUAGGAAUCGAUAAAUUGUAUGCAAGUAUUGGAUCGAGUAUGGGAGGAAUGCAAUCUGUCGCUGCUGUUCAUCUGUUCCCCCAACGUGUCGCAAGAUUGGUGAGCAUUAGCGGAGCAGCAAGAAGUGCACCUGCAAGUAUCGCAUUAAGAUUCGCACAAAGAAGUGUGUUAAUGUCGGAUCCCAAUUGGAACAGAGGUUUCUAUUAUGAUCAAAUGCCGCCGCAUACAGGAAUGAAAUUAGCCAGACAAAUCGCAACAAUCACCUAUAGAAGUGGACCGGAAUGGGAACAAAGAUUUGGAAGGGCACGAAGAGCACAAGAUCCCGCUUUGUGUCCUGACUUUUUGAUCGAAACUUAUCUUGAUCAUCAGGGAGAACAAUUUUGUCUGAAAUAUGACGCAAAUAGCUUGAUCUAUGUCAGCAAGGCGAUGGAUCUCUUUGAUAUGGGAUAUGAGGCGUUAGAAGAUCUUGAAAGGAGAAGGAAAGGCAGAAUUGAAGGUACCGAUAUCGGCAAUACACAAACGUCCGAAAGAGUGACUGCAAACGCAGACAAUGAACGACAAAAAAGACGACAAUAUAUCCAAACACUCGCUUCUCCCAGUGCACAUACCUACCUUCCUGAUCUAGCCCGUGGAUUGGAGAGGUUAUCCAAUCAUCCAACAUUAAUCUUAGGAGCACAAUCUGACAUUUUGUUCCCGAUUGAUCAACAACGUGAAUUAGCCGAAUGUUUGCGUAGGAAUGGUAAUUCACAAGUGCGUUACUAUGAAAUUGAUGCACCACAUGGACAUGAUAGCUUUUUGAUCGAUGUUGCCAAUGUUGGAGGAGCAAUUAAAGGAUUUUUGGUAUAGAGUAUGUAAAGAUUUGAUUUGUAUUAUAGAAAACGUUGAAUGGUAUAAUCACCUUCCCAUUUGUGAAG